AUGGCGACGUUCUCGGCCUCGGCGGCGGUGGGCGAGGUGCUCCGGCAGCCCGACGAUCUCGUCAAGCUGAGCGCGUUCCGCAACAAGCUGCUCAAGGAGAAGGCGACACUCGAUGCCAAGUUGCAGGAGGGCGUGCGGUCGCAGCUCGACGCGACGCGUGACGCACUCCUCAAACUGCAGGAGAGCCGGGCGGCGGUGGCCGCGAUACGCGAGGAGAUGAUCGAGGUCGAGAAGCUCAAGCGCGACAAGGUUGAGGGCGAGGUGUUUGACAAGAUUACGCGCGUCAGUCGCGUGCACCGUAACUUUACGCAAACUGCCAAGAUGGUCAAUGAGCUGCAGAACAUGGCCGACAAGGUCAACCAUCUCGGCGCGCUGCUCGAGGACGACCGCACGCAGCCUGGUGGGCCCAUUGGCCCGUCGCCCAACCUCCUGCCUAUCCACUUUGAGUUGCAGAAGCUCGAGUCGUUCCGCAACGAGACAAUGCACUCGGCGAAGCGCGGGACGAAAGAGGACAGGGCGAUCCUUGCGCAGUGGUUUGGGCCACUCGACGUGCUCACCCACGCGUUUGAGAGCUGGCUGUGGGAGAUCAGCGCCAACCUCAUCGAGAUUGCAGGCGGAGGAAACAGGGGCACGGUCGUGCGGCUGGUGAAAAUCAUCGAGUUCGAGUCCAACCAAGACGAGAAGGCUGUCGCGCUACGACUGGUACGUAAAGUUGCCGCGAACGAUGCUGCGCGCUCGACGCAGGCCAACGCGCGUGUCAUCAAGAACUACCGCCACAAGAUGCUGGAUGCGAUGGAGGAAAGAAUUAAGGCCAAGUUCGAAGCCGAGUGGGAGGCGUGUCACGGUGACGACCUGGCAUACAUCCGCGGCCUUGACGAGUGGCUGUUCGCCGACGUCGUGCGGAUCAAGGACGAGCUCGAGUCGCUGUUCCCCGCCGACUUUAAUGUCGUCCAAUGGUACAUCAAGCGGUACCACAAGACGCUGAACGCAAUGCUCAUACGUAUCGUCCAGGCCGGGCCAGACGCUCAGGUGCUCCUCCAGUUACACGCGUGGAUCAAGCGCUAUCGCACGACCAUGAAGGGUGAGGUGCCAGUCGAGUGGCUGACGCCCCCUCUGCUGGAUGGGCGAUCGCAGGACCUUAUCGAGGACUACGUCAAGCUCAUCGUCACAAAGCUCGACGAGUGGACAGUCAAUCUCCAGAAGGAGGAGAUGAACAAGUUCCGCCUGCGCGAAACCGAGCCACAGAUCACCCACGAGGGGCUGUUCGGAAUGGACGGUGUCGUCGACUUCUUCCAACUCGUCAACCAACAAGUCGACCUGUCGCUCGAGUCGAACCAGGGCGCGGUGCUCGCGCGUGUGGUGACCGAGUGUGGGCGCGUCAUGCACCGCGUGCAGAGCGAGUGGGUUGAGCUCGUCGCGUCGGAAGUGCGCCUCUCGACCGAGAAGCGGCCGGAGGAGGUCGCCCCAGGCUUGGUCGAGUACACGAUGGCACUGGCGAACGACCAGCUCCGCGCAGCCGACUACACCGAGGAGCUUCAGGCGCGCCUAGAGCCCCUCGUGAGCGACAAGUACAAGGGAACGAUCACGGGCAGUCUGAACGACGCAAUCGACGGCUACCUGGACGCCGCGAAGCAGUGUACGAGCGCACUAGUCCAGUUCGUGUUCAACGACCUCCGCCCCGCCACAAGCAAGCUCUUCGCACCAGAGUGGUACUCGGGUGCCUUGACGACGACAAUCGUCGCAACGAUGAGAGACUACAUGUCCGACUAUCAGGGGCAUCUGAACGGGUCUCUCUUCGACCUCCUCGUGGACGACAUGGUUGACGCCUUCCUCGCCACGUACCUGACAGCACUGCGGCGCGCACCAGCCAAGAGCCUGCGCAUGCCCAAGGCAACGGAUAGACUGAACAGCAACGUUGGCGAGGCCUUCGACCUGUUCCAGAACUACCGCGCUCCGCAGGACAUCGAGGGUCCGUUCGAAGUCAUGAAGAUUGUCGGGAGCAUGUUGGAUGCUAGCGCGGAAAUGGUCGUGUUGGAUUGGCACGCGUUCGCCAAGGAACAUGGCCCGCAGCUCGCCUUCACAGAGGCACUAUUGCGCGCGCGCGACGAUCUCGACCGCGGAGAUAUUGCCGAUACGAUGGACACGUUGCGCCGCCGCGUGGCAGAGGAGGGACUCGGCGACCCCGAAGAGCCGACUAUUAUGAACCGUAUCCACGGAUACACGGGCGCCGCGGGCCUCAUGCGCAACAUUGCGACGUACGCCGACAACGUGGCUGGGCGAAUGCGUCGGCGCGACUAG